AAGUUAUUGAUAAAAAAAUAUGUAACACUUUUACCGCACAUUGUUUUCGACACAAUGUUGGGAAAUUGAACGAAGAGAAAGUUGAAAACUAUGAAAUACGUGUCCGUCAGGCUUUGGAAUAUUUUGCCCCAAAUAAAAAAUUUCGAACAUAUAGUAGAGAAAAGUUAAAAAACCUACAAAACCAAAUUUGGAGUGCCCUUGUUGGCGCAAGACCCUUUUAUGUAAAUCUUGAAGGAUGUGACUGGAUUGCCAAUGAGACACUUGGAUUAUCUUGAUGAAUUCAGCUUUUUACGUAACUCACAUAAAGGCGAAACAGAUAAGAGAGAAGUCUGAAAGGGGAGCACCUGUUAAUGGAAACUUUAUUAAAACAGUUUUGCGAAAGACAAAAGUUUGUUUGAAUAAAGUGCUGAACAAAACAAGAAUGCGAGGCGCAGGUGGAUAGCAUGACAGCUUUUGCCACCGCGGCCUGAUGGCGCUAAUGCGCCGAAUACUAGGCGACGCCCAGGCGAAACUUCGAAAAAUGGUGGAUGAACAAGUGUCGGUGGGGACGAGGGUUGAUACUGAGGCGGAGCCGGAACCUGCUGAUCCUCUCAUCACUCCAGCAUGUUCAGUUCUCGAUAGGUCGGACUUGGACAGACCAGUGCCUCCCGAAAGACGACUGCUUAUUAGCACACUCGACAAACCAAGGAAUGGAUCUCUAAACGGGGACCAAGCCACCCUUAAUAGAUCAACUAGACUAUCUAUUAGAAAUGGAAAAGAUAACCCAUUUAUAGUUUCUUCUCCAGAUGAUGACAAUAAAGAAAAUCAUACGAAUGGUAAACUCGAUUCUCCAAUAAAAUGGUCGACUCAAAAUGGUAGUGACAGUGGCACAUAUGCCGAAAUAGGGAAUAGUAAUACAAGCGAUAAGAAUCCUUUGGAUCCAGCUGAUAGUUCGGAAGAGGAGGUUCCGUUGCCUGAUGCGACGUCGCCAGGUCGGAGUAGUGAUGGACCGGAACCUAGAGCUGAUAUUACGGCUACACUUGAUGGAGAUGCGGCGUCUCCAGGCGGUCGGUCGGACCGAUCGCGUCAGGAAGAUGUUCCCGCAUCCCCCGGGAUGCUCUCUGCCGCUCAAAUGGCUCGACGGCUGCGAUCUGAGAAUGAACGGCUACAGGCGGAGUUAACUCGGGUUCGACGAUUGCUCGUAGCGGCUGUGGAGAGGGGGGAAGUGGGGAACGCCUUGAUCGAAAGGGCCCAGGGGGAGGAAGAGGAGAGUCCGCCGCUCGACCCGCAGCAGAUGGAGAAAGAGUUGCUGUUGGCGAGGGAAGCUGUUAGCUCUCUCAAGGCUGAUAAGAAGAGGCUUAAAGCUGAGAAAUUCGAUUUACUCAACCAAAUGAAGCAGCUUUACGCGACUCUUGAGGACAAAGAGAAGGAGCUCCGGGACUUCAUUAGAAAUUAUGAACAGAUGCGGUCAAGAAGCGGUGCGUCCUCGGCGUUGGGAGCGGAGCGUGCAGAGCGGGAACGUGAGCGGGCUGCUCUUUUGCGUCACGCAAGAGACGAAGCAGAGAGGUCCUUGCAAUUGGCCGCUGCGUUAAGUGCCCGAGAUACGCAGCUACGACAUGCAAGGGAACAAUUGUAUGAAGCACGUAGACAACUCCAGGCGGCGGGAUGUCUUUCGGAGGGAGAGAGUGUGGCGUCGUUAGGUAUCGGACCACCCAUGAUCCUCGGUGGUCCUUCAGGUCUACUUGGAGACAGGGGCAGCUGCAGCGCUGAUUCAGGUGUUAGAGUGACAGGUAGCAGCGAUGGUGGUGCCACAUCGGUGUGCGGAGGAAACCUCUCUGAUUCUACGGCAGAGGGCGCUCCUCUGAAUAUAGACCCCUACGACACAGAUGCAGUCUCUCUCGUGUCGUCUGCGCAUCCUAUAUAUCAAUUGAGUACGCCACGUGACUGCAGUCCUACACUAUCUCCGCACAAUAGCGCUUCGCCUUUCAGUCGCUCGGUCGACGCGGGCUCGCUCUCCAGGUCCGUGGAACAGCUGUCGAGUCCAGGGGAGUGUGAAUCGGCUCUUUUGGGAGGGAUGCGGACACGUGGGAGUGCCAGCAAAUCGGGCAGAGGCAGAGGCUCCGCGUGGGGCUCCAUAUCACGAGUCUUCGCGAGAAGUAGACAUCGUACCAAGUCAGGCAGCGCGGCUUCUAGUGGACAUGAAAGUGAACCAGUGUAUGCCAGCGGCAGUGGCCGUGCUUGGUCACCUUUGGGCAGUGAGGCGGCUUUGCGUGAGGCGGCGUCUCUGCCUUUGUCGCGAUGGCGUGCACCGGCCAUCAUUGCGUGGCUAGAACUGGCCCUGGGAAUGCCACAGUAUGCUGCUACUAUCGCCGACAACGUCAAGAGUGGAAAGAUCCGUGCUUUGAAUGGGCAGGUUUUGCUAGAGCUGACAGACACGGACCUUGAGGUCGGCUUGGGGAUUACACAGCCGAUGCACAGGAAGAAGCUGCGGCUGGCCAUCGAGGAGCGGCGACGGCCAGACCUCGUGCGGAACCCCAGCAUUGGGCAGCUCUCGCACGCCUGGGUCGCCGCGGAGUGGCUGCCUGACCUCGGAUUGUCGCAGUAUGCCGAGUCAUUUUUGGCGAAUUUGGUGGACGCUCGAAUGCUCGACACAAUCAGCAAAAAGGAAUUGGAGAAGUAUUUAGGUGUGACGAGGAAAUUCCAUCAAGCCUCAAUCGUCCACGGGAUCCAUUUGCUCAGAAUUAUGAAGUACGAUCGUCAGGCUUUAGCUGUUCGUCGUCAUCAAUGUGAAAAUGUUGACGCUGAUCCUUUAGUGUGGACCAACCAGCGCUUUAUACGUUGGGCGCACAAUAUUGACUUGGGUGAAUUUGCUGACAAUCUCAAAGAUAGUGGAGUUCACGGAGGAUUAGUCGUACUGGAACCGUCAUUCACUGGAGAAACGAUGGCCACGGCUCUGGGGAUUCCACCUUCGAAAAGUAUAAUUCGAAGACAUCUGGUGGCCGAGUUCGACGCUCUCAUCAUCCCCGCAAGGAACACUUUCGGCCAUCAAAUAAGAAUGUUAGGUAGACCUUUCUCGAGAUCAGUGGCCACUGGUUUGCCUGGAAUAGAUUUCACAGCUGACUCAAGACGACAUAGCUUACGGGGCUCAAUCACCCGCGCCCUAGGAGCGUUGAAGGCUAAACACGAUCGACAGUCGCCAUCGAGUUCCAGCGAAAGCUCUAGUCUAGGCCAGUACCAGAUGUGCUACUCCCCACCGAUAGGGGGUAGAACUCUCUCGCAAUUAAGUAUGACCUAUGCCCCACCGCCUACGGUGCAGGAAUACGAGCCCAUAUACACACCGCUAAGCCUUUACUCGCAGUCUAGCGUGUCUACAAGAGACAGCUUGCAGAGGUUGAACGAGAUUAAAGAAGGGAUUACGCACAGAUACGGCCAAAGGGUGGAUCAUUCACACAGGGUGAGUUCUCCUCUGCCCUCCAAAUCCGUGGACGAUUCAGUCGUGAGGCAAAGGAGGCACAGACGAGUCAAAAGUAUCGGCGACAUCAACGCCUGCAGUAAAGCCUCCGUUUAACUCCUCGUAUUGCCUUUAUCUAACAUAUCUGAACUCAAAUGUGCUUCAUGGCAAAGUGCUCAUUAGCUUAUUAGGAAAAAGAAUACAGCAAGCUUACCACUUCAACGCUUGACUAGAUAAUUAGUUAACAAAGAAACUUAAUGACCCAAUCUAACGACGAAACUCUAUUUCGAUACAGCCCUAAGCGCUGCAACAUUUAUAGCGCUGAUUUCACUUAGAGUUUAGUGGUAUGAAAACUGAAUAUUGAAAUUGGAAUCGCCUUAGAAGUUAUGUUGUAAACUGCUUGUUUGAUUACUCAAUGCAUAUGAAGACUUAUUCGUAAAAAAAAUAUUUACACUGUUUUAAUCAAUCGUCUCUUUGAUUUACUUAAAGAAAAUGACAUUGUGUUGAUGACGUGUAAGAACUUGGCUAUUCAAAGAAAUAUUCACGCACUCAACAGAAGAAAUAAUAAUGGUAAUCCAAUCAGGACCAAUGUUUUAAUGUUUAAUAAUUACUAGUUUAAAUGAUAGUGUUAAAUAAGGGCUAAUACUAAAUUACCUACAUAUUACUCACCAUAUCCUAUACCAAUAUUAAUUGGACUGACUAUAUCAAUUGUCUUAUGACAAAGCAUUUAAAGACUUAUUUUGUACUGAUUUAUCACUAUAUUGCAAUGACAUUUUACUUAAGACCCUGGUGCAAAACAUAGUUAACGAACCACACGACUCCUUUGCAAAUAUAAUAUAGUGGAGAGAUUUCUAUAUUGCAUUAUUUCAGUGCUGAUGAAUUCUCUAUGAAUCCAGAUCUUUUGUAGAUGUCAUUGUACGAUGUUUUUAUUGCUAUACUGUGAUGAAAACUCACAAAUCAGUUUAAAUCAAAUUACUAAUUAGUCAAUUUCUGUAUAUUAAGUAAUUUAUCGACUUGAAGCGAGCUUUACACUUUUAUUUUUUGUUAUUAUUUUUUAUUUUGUAUUAAUUUAUUAAGAGUGAUAUGCGGUACCAAUGAUUUUAUAACUAUUAAUUAAAUGUUUAAUGUAU